AAGCGGAAGCGGCUGUGCCCAGCCGAGAGAAAUAUGGCGGCGGCGGCGGUAGCAGUGGCGGGAGGGGAAGACGAGGACUGGCCGGAGGUGACAGAGUCCGGCCGGCGGGAGCUGAGCCUGGAGUCGGGCGCCGCCCUGGAGCGGCGUGUGCAGGCCGCCGGGGGCCGCUUCCCGCGGGCUCUGGGCUCCCUGGGGGCGGCGCUGCGGUCGCUGGAGGUGCGCGGGGGCGGCUGCGCGGCGCUGCGUGAGCCGGGGCCGGUCCUGGGGCUCCUGACGGGGCUGCAGACGCUGGCGCUUCCCGGCUGCGCGCUGGGCCCGUCGGGGCUGACCCAGGCCGGGCGCCUCUUGCCGGCCACGCUGCGCACCCUCGACCUCUCCGGCAACGGCCUGGAGGAGCUGCCGGCGGAGCUCGGCGGAACCGGGGAACCCCAGGUGGUGGUGGCGGCGGCGGCGGCCAAGAAGGGCUCCCCUGCCGCCCUGCCUGAGCUACGCCUCCUCAACCUCCGCCGCAACCGCCUUCGCGAAAUGGGGCCCGGCCUGGCUCGCUCCGCACCGGCCCUCCAGGAGCUGCUCCUGGGGGGGAACCGCCUGCGCUCCCUACCCGGGGGGCUGCUUCCCACGGACGACGGAGGUGACUCCCGCCGCGCCGCCCCUUUAGCCCUGCUGGGCACCCUGGAGGCGGCGGGCAACGAGCUGGAGGAGCUGAGCCCCAACAUCUCCCGCCUGGCCUGCCUCAAGGUAAAAGCCCUGUGCUUCCCAGUUUCUGCUUUUGUAAUGAGAUUAUUAAACUAUAGGAAUAAUGAUGGAAAGCAAAUAAAGCAAAAGCAACUCUUAAUAUGCAGUAAUAAUGCAAGACAUAAUUCAGCAUGCAUGAAGAAUGGUGGCUGUUCAAGACAUCAAUGUUUCCUGAGAUGUCGAUGAUGAAAAUUGUCCAUCCCAGAGCACUGCUUGUUUUGGUGCUGCCAUUCACACAUAAAAAUCUAGAGGUUGUCAGGAAUGGGUGUGGAGCCCUAUUAUGAAUGCUUGAAUACCGCUCAGGUUGCUGCAAUAUACGGAACAGCAAAUGACCAGAGCAGGGAAUGGGGUCACUGGCAGAUAAUCUACUUUGCACGCAAAAGGUCUCAGGUCUGAAACCAGAGAGCUGCUGGCAGUCAGUGUAGACAGUGCUGAGCUUGAUGGACCAAUGGUCUGAUUUGGGAUGGCAGCUUCUGUACUCACAUUGGCUUGGGAUUUUUUAUUGAUAGGCAAAAUGUUUUUCAUUGCUGUCCAUCAGAGUAGACAGAACUUGAGAUAACUCUUCCAGUGUCUGAAGUAGAAGACAACCACUUAAUAUACUUUCCCCCCCCCCCCCCCCCCAGACUUUGGAUGUUUCCAACAACAAAUUAUCGGAAAUCCCUGUGGAGUUGGCUGACUGCCCUAAGCUGAAGGAAGUCAAUUUAAAAGGAAAUGCCCUCAAAGACAAACGGCUUGAGAAGAUGGUAAAUGGUUGCCAAACAAAAUCUAUCCUGGAAUAUUUGCGUGUCGGGGGUCGAGGGGGCGGCAAAGGAAAAGGCAAGCAGGAUGGUGCUGAGAAGGAGGAGAUGAGGAAGAAAAAGAGAGAUAAAAACAAGAAAAAAGGCAGUGAUGCAGAGGAUGAGAUGGAAGAAACCCAGAAGCUGCUGGUGAAAGUUCUCCACAUCUCUGAGAAUCCAGCUCCAUUGGUUGUGAAAGCCAGCCCUUCUGUCAAAGACGUCCGCCCCUAUAUUGUGUGCUGUGUAGUGAAAGGCAUGAACUUCAAGCCCGGCAAUGCUUUGAAGAGGUUUCUUUCAGUUCAGGUAAGGUUCGAAAGAUGAUACCACUUGGUUCUGGGCAUGGCCCAGUUUCAGAGGGGGGAUGUCCUUUGAUUCAGUUAGUUGUAGAUUAGGUUUCCCCAAGUAAAGAUAAACCUCCCCCUCGGAAUUGAAAUGGGGGGCAGCCCUACUUUGAGCACGGUGGAAGGGAAAGCAAAAGGGGCAUCUCCAAGCCCAGGCAUGCUGGUGGUAACUUUGCCUUCCACUAGCACAGGACAGUUAAGGAUGUGUGGCUCCCCUGAUCAGGAGGAAGUAGAUCCUGGAGGUCCUUGCCUGCCCUCAGUGUGGUAGAGGAGAAAGGGCCAGAUUGUUACACUCUGGAAUGCCCUCCCAUCAGAUGUCAAGGAGUUGAGUAACUAUAUAACCUUUAGAAGACACCUGAAGGCAGCCCUAUCUAGGAAAGCUUUUUAAUGUGUAAUGUUCUAUUUGCUUUUAUAUAUGUUGGAAGCCGUCUAGAGUGGCUGGGGCAACCCAGUCAGAUGGGCAGAGUACAGAUGAUAAAAUUGUUGUUGUUGUUGUUGUUAGCACACUCCUUAAAGUUAAGCCUGUUGUUGUGACUCUUCAGCACAGCCUUAUUUUAAUGACACAUCUUACACUUCAGACCAAACUCCACGAGGACAUCUGCGAGAAGCGAACAGCAGCUACCAUCGCCACACAUGACCUGCAGCUUGUGAAAGGUCCUCUUCUCUACGAUGUUCGGCCGCCAGAUGAAUUGAAGGUAGGCUGACAACACCAAGAUUAGAAAGCCUUUCAGAAUGAUACCCCACAAAGGGACAGCAGCAGGCAGCUGGUGCUCUGGUGCUGUUGUGCAUGAUGGUUAUGUGAAAGACAAACCUGCCCAGCCUCUGAGAUCUUCAGGGGAGAUGUUCUCUCAGUCCUGCCACCCUUACAAGCAGGCUUAUUGGGGCAUGGGAGAGUGCCUUCUUAGUGGCUGCUCCCAGGGUUUGGAACUCUCAUCCAAGAGUAGCUAAACUGGCUCCCUCCUUGGCAUUCUUCCACCAACUAUUGAAGACUUUCUUAUUCCAACUGUUUGGGAACUGAGUGUAUUUUUUAACGAAAUAACUUUUAAAUAGUGCUGUGCUCUUUUUACUGUCUGUAUUUUAAUAGAUCUGCUUUUAUACUGUUGUAAUUCUUUUAGCAUUUAAUGACUAUGUUUUUAAUCUGUGUUUUUGUAUUAUUACCUGUAAGGUGCAUUGAGUCCCAGCCUGGUUAAAAGGUGGGAUAUAAAUCAUUAAUAAUAAUAACAGAAACUGACUCCAAGACACUUCUGGCCUUGCAUUCAUGUUGCAGAUCAUCCCCUUGGGCCGGAAGGAAAUCAAGGCCAAGGACCUCCUCCGUCAGCUGCAGUCGGAGGCCGAGGAGCAGCGGAAGCAGAAGAGGAGGCAGAAUAUAUCCGGACUGCACAGGUGAGUCUGCACCUUAAAGCAGAGCACAGCCCUUGAAAUCUUGCACAGAGGGCAGGCAAAAGCCAGGAAGGGUCCAUGGGGAAGGGAAGCAGAAAGCGCCCUCAGGACAAUCAGGAUGGUUUGGAGCUGGAGCAGGAGGUAUGUGUCUUUGGAAGGCCCAAGAAGGCUCCCCGAAAAGUCCUUUCUUUUCAUUCUUUAUUUUUUAAAAAUCACUAAUGUCCCAUGCUAUAGCUGAAAGGGCUCCCAAAAUCUCAUCUGGUCCAGCAUCCUGUUCUCACAGCAUCCAGCCAAAUUCCUUUGAGAAGCCAGUAAGCGGCACUCUCAUUUUGCAUUUCUUACUACAGAAAGUAUUGAUCUGAUGUGUAGAGAUCUUUCCUAUUCUAAUUAAUUCAAGAGUGUUCUGGAAGCUUCUCUGUGUGAAAGAAACAAGCAGAAGGUUCAUGAUGUUUGGCUUAUACCUUAAGAGAAGAUGAGUACAGCUGGCUUAAGCUGGUUCUGUUUUAUCUUUCUGUCUCUUUUCCUUCUGGUGUGGUGUUCUGUACAUAGUAUGCUAUAGUGUUACUAGGCUGCAACUGGAUUUCUUAUGGACAGUGCCAGUCCUGAAUGUUUUGGAUUUGUGACCAUUAUACUCAUUUGCCUUCAGUAGCAGUAAAGCUCUGCUGGAUGAAAUAUUAAUUGCCUCUGGUCUAUUUUUUAAUCCUGCAACGUGUUUAAGUUUUUUCUUUGCUAACUAUACGUCAGAGUUCUGCUAUGGAUCAAUAUUGAGUAGAAUGCCAUGACACUCUCCCCACUUGCGAUUCCCAGCAACUGAUCUUCAGAGGUUUCUUGUCUGUGUCUUCACAGAGCUGUGGUUGUUGUUUUUUAAAAAAGGAAUAUAUUGAGUCAGAAGCAAUUCUUAUUUUUAAACCUCACAUGUGUAUUUGCACUUCCUCUCCCCAUACCCUAAGUAGCUUCCAUUUUCUUAUUCCACCCUUGACCAGGUACCUCCAGUUACUGGAUGGGAAAGAGAAUUACCCCUGCCUGAUUGACAACGAAGGUGCUGUGAUUUCUUUCCCGCCAAUCACAAACAGCGAGAAGACAAAGGUACACAUGCUGUGACUUUAUUCUAGGAAAAAGUCUGUUCUGUGAUCUACAUAAAUUGGGGAGGUGGGAUGGGUUUGCUUCCCCCCUCUUCAUACUUCCCAGUUGAGGUUUUGGGUGAAGUGCUUGUUGUGCCACGGAGGGAAGGAGCAGGGGCUGUUGCAAGAGGAAAAGUGGUGGUCAGGCGCUCCCACCUACUGCUUCUCCACUGCCAAUCACACCCCUGGAAUUUCAAAUGCAGAUCUGCUUCCAGACACUGUUCCACCCUAAAAAGAAUUAGGUUUCCAUGUUACAGUGGUGUGUGCUUUUAUGAACCUAAGAAGACGCCUACAGAAUCAGGCCAGUGGUUUAUCUAGUCCAGCAGCAUCCUUUUCUCACAUUGGCCAGCCGGAAGCCUCUGGGAAGCCCACAAGCAGGACUUAAGUGCUGCAAUUCCCAGCACCUGGUAUUCAGAGGCAUCCUGCCUCUUGACAGUGGAAGGAGAGCGUAGUCAGUGUGGCUGGUAGCCAGUGACAACCUUACCCUCCAUAAAAUGGCCUUUUCUGUAAUUUGGGGAUUAACACAGGCUUAACGCUGCAAAAGUUGUUUUCUCACAAAGUAUUCCCUCCCCCCAAGCUGAAUUUCAAGAAGGUUCUCAAUCUACAGCAUGCCUUUCAAAAAAUCACUUUUACCUACAUUUGCCAGGGAGGGGUGUUAGUAACCACCAAAAGAGAGAGAAUUGGCGCCUGUAAUUAUUUUGACUGUGUGUCUAUGAAUGUUACUGACCUAAAAGGAUACUCCAUAAUGCUUUAUUUCAUAGCUCAGUUCCAUCUGGCAUUUCCCUUUCUCCUUCUUUUUAAGCUUGGGAAAACCACCUCUGAUGUGCUUCUGGAAGUGACAAGUGCCACAAGCUUGCAGACGUGCAAGGAUGUGAUGGACACCCUCAUUCUAGUAAGGAGUCACUCUGCUUCUACCCUCUCCUCCUCAUUUUGCAUCCACACUUCUCACUUUCAGGGUCCUGAUUUAGCUAUUGGAGGCACUUACGGGGUUCAUGGUUUAAAAGCAAACCCAGUGUGCAAAAUAAAAUCACCUCUUUGUGGUUCUCUUCAGCCACCAUCCAUCAGAUCUGUGGCCUUUACAUAUGUAGCUCUUGCACGCAGGACCUGUACCUAGUUGUCCAUCAUGCAGGGGACACACACACACACACACACACACACACACACACCUCCUUGUGUUUUGAAGUCUGCCUUCUCAUAUCCCUCCACUUUCCAUUUUAGCAUCUUCUGCCCGCCUUUACCCUAAAAUGCUGCAUUCUGGAUUCAUAGCAGCGUCAUGUUGUCACCUGGGCCUCCAGUCCCAUAAUAACUGAAGGGAAACUUUAGGUUCUCAGCUGGGGAAAACACUGCCAUAUCUCUUGAGUAACUCUCUAUAUGUUGCAAUCUUCAUUCCUUCACCACAGAAAAUGGCGGAGCUGAACAGAUCCAUUUCAGAGAAUACAGGCGAAGACCUGGAUUCAGAUCACGAAUCAAACGACACUGCCGGGCACGAGAAUUCAGGGCUUGAAGGCAUUUCCAAGACCCUCCCUCUCGUUUUGGAACAGGUUCGGGUCGUGGACAAGGAUGGGAACUUAAAAGUCCUUUAUCCAUCAAAAACUGAUUUCAGUAUGGUCUCGUCCCUCAUGACGGUGAUUCAUUAAGCGCCUUUGGUUUCCUUUCCCUGUUGUGGGGCACGCUAGACAGCAUUUGUGAACAGCCUCCCCUUGCAGGAUUUUAUCGUUUCUUUAACUCGUCAGCCAGAAAUCCAAUGCUGUGCUUUGGAGAGGGCUUGGUUGACAGCUAAAAGCAGGGUUUUUGUUGUCUUGAGAGAGACUCGAAGACCUUCUACCCAAGCCAGGGAUCCACAAGGAUCUCUUGAAUAAAGCUGCGGGAUCAUAUUUAUUUUAAUGAGACACACUAAUAUCCACGUGGCAUAAUGGUACUCUAUAAUCUCUGCAUAACUGGGUAUCGGGGCCAGGUAGGAAGCUUUGUGGGUGAGAGACACACACACCCUCACCUGCUGCCACCACUGUUAAUCAGGUGUUGUGCUUUCUAGCAAUACAAAUCUGGCCUGCUAUUGCUUCAGACUCUGAAGCCUGCUUUGUAACCUUGACCUGGGUGGUGUGGUUGCUGCUGCUGCUGCUGCUGCUGCUCUCUGGAGUCUUCUUCUCCCCAUGACACUCAGGUGUCUUGCAGAGUAUGUGAGAGGUUGCACUGACACCCAAACUGUUUUUCUCAGUUUAUGCCACACUGGCUUUUCUUUAGAUCUUGCCAGCAGAGUACCAUGAAGCCAUACAAACAGGCAUGCAGACUUGUGUGUCUUGGGGAGCAUCUACCCCACCCUUCCUCCCUCAUGCCACGUAGAAAACUCGGUUUUUGAAACUGACGCUUCUUUCAAAAUCAAUGGUUUGCCAUUGGGAAGAGCCACGAGCUGCUCUCCACAGGGGCAACAAAAAGUCGGUAAUGACGCAGCACCAUGUACACCACCCCUCUGGUCGUGCCUAAAAGGCCUGUAUCGUGGUCCAAGUUUCUAGCCCUCAUUGAUUGCAUGGACGAACUGGGAAAUGUAACAGCCAGUGAUGCGGGGGGGGGGGAGAGAGUACAAAUAAAGGAGAAAAUGACAAGU